AUGGCCACGUUAGCUCGGCUCCAAGCUCGGUCGACGUUCCUGGUACACCAGUACUACUUCAGGAACAGUGCUGUAGAUGUAUUUAGAAAAAAGGAGUAUGAUGCAGCAGUUAAAAUCCAGAGCUGGUUUCGAGGAUGUCGAAUUCGGGCAUAUCUCAGGUAUUUACACAGAGUAGCAACUGUUAUUCAAAAAUGUUGGAGAGGUUACUUAGGCAGACAACAUUAUCAACUAAUUGUGAAGUUAGAAUUUUGUACUAUGAAGAUGAAUCUCUACAACGCAAUGGCUGUCAGGAUUCAGAAGCGAUGGCGAGGCUAUCGAAUUCGGAAAUACUGCUUUAAUUAUUUUUAUUUGAAGGAGUACCUGAAGGCUGUUUCAGAGACCAAUGAUGCAAUUAGGUACUGUUAUCAGGGUUUUGCUAUAUUAGAUGAACUGUGUGACCAUAUGGCAUGGCGUUUGAAAAGGAAAAAUACUACCCUGUUUCCUGUCUACUCAAUGCUCAAUACUUCUAGUCACCAAAUGUGUGGGUUUUCCAUGCCAGGCAAUCUCAGACACCAGGAGGCGUUAGAGGAGUUUGCAGAGAUGAAAGAAAGGGAAGAGAAGAAGGCCGACCUCGAAAGGGAAGAGAAGAAAAGAGAUUACCAAGCCCGAAAGAUGCAUUACCUCCUCAGCACAAAGCAGAUUCCAGGUAUAUACAAUUCACCAUUCAGAAAAGAUCCCGAUCCAUGGGAAUUGCGGUUACAGAAGGCAAAGCCCUUAAUAAGCCAAAGGCCUAAAGUUAAGCAGAAGCGCGACGUCAACAUUAGCAACCAGCUGGCUUGUACGAGUGCCCGCUCCCUUCCUCAAUCUGAAAUUCUGCCACCCAUUGAUAGGAAGCAGUGUCAGGGACCUUUCCGUGAUAUCACCGAAGUACUGGAACAGCGCUACAAGCCUUUGGAGCCAACAUUGUGGAUGGCAGAACCAAUCAAUGAGUUAAAGAUGGCCAGAGAAGAACUCAGAAAACAGGAGUGGAUGCGAAAUAUAAAUGACAAUAUGUUUUUGCCAUUUUCUUCCUACCAUAAAAAUAAAAAGUACAUCCCAUUAAUGCAUUCAUCAAGCAAGUAUGGUCCCAAUUCUUACGGAAGUCAACAUUUUAGAGAUGAAAAUCCUAAGAAAUGGAUCUGUGACAAGGAUUUCCAAACUGUAUUACCAUCAUUUGAUCUCUUCUCAAAGUAUGGAAAAUUAUAUUCAAAAGCUGGACAAAUUGUAUAA